AUGGUGAACGUCACGUACACCCCCGACAAUGACAUGGUCGUCACCGACGAGUCCGGUGUCCCCACGACCUACAACCUCGGCGACACGGCGUGGAUCAUCGUCGCGAUGGCCCUCGUAUGGCUUAUGAUUCCCGGCGUCGGCUUCUUCUACUCUGGCCUGCUCAGGAGGAAGAACGCGCUCUCGAUGAUCUGGGCGAGUAUGAUGUGUUUGGCCGUUGUAUCGUUCGAGUGGUUCUUCUGGGGCUACUCUCUCGCAUUCAGUGAUGGUGCUAACGCCUACAUUGGCGACCUGAAGUACUUCGGUCUCAAGGGCGUGCUCGGUGCGCCGUCAAUCGGCAGCACGCACAUUCCGGCAAUCCUCUUCUGUAUCUACCAAUGCAUGUUCGCGGCUAUCACGCCCAUGCUUGCUAUCGGAGCAAUUGCCGAGCGUGCGCGUCUCGGUCCGACUAUGGUAUUCGUAUUCGUCUGGUCUACUAUCGUUUACAACCCGAUCGCAUGCUGGACUUGGAACUCGGCCGGCUGGUCGUUCGUCCUCGGCGGCCUUGAUUUUGCUGGUGGAACGCCCGUUCACAUCUCUUCCGGUACAGCCGCACUCGCCAUCUCUAUCUACCUCGGCAAGCGUCGCGGAUACGGCACUGAGCGCCUCGCAUACAAGCCCCACAACACCAGCUACGUUGUCCUAGGCACAUGUUUCCUUUGGUUCGGCUGGUUCGGCUUCAACGGCGGUAGCGCUCUCGGCGCGAACCUCCGCGCCAUCCAAGCCUGCAUCGUCACCAACCUCGCAGCAAGCACGGGUGGUCUCACUUGGAUGUUGAUGGAUUACCGUCUCGAGCGCAAGUGGUCCGUUGUUGGAUUCUGCUCAGGCGCCGUUUGCGGUCUUGUCGCCAUUACACCCGCAUCCGGUUUCGUCGGUUCCCCCGCAGCGGUCCUAUACGGCGUUGUUGGCGCCGCCGCAUGCAACUUGGCCACCCAGCUCAAGUUCCUCCUCCACUACGAUGACGCACUCGACAUUUUCGCUGUCCACGCCAUCGGCGGCAUCGUUGGCAACAUCCUCACGGCCUUCUUCGCACAGGCUUCUGUUGCCGGUUUCGAUGGUAUCGCCGUGAUCGACGGUGGCUGGCUCGACCACAACUGGAUCCAGCUCGGCUAUCAGCUGGCCGACUCGACUGCCGGCUUCGCGUACUCGUUCGUCAUGACCACCAUUAUCCUCUGGAUCAUGCACUUCAUCCCCUUCCUCCGCAUGCGCACGACCGAGGAGGCCGAGAUCGUCGGGAUGGACGACUACGACAUGGGCGAGUUCGCGUACGACUACGUCGGUCUCGAGCAGGAUCUGGGCGUCUUGGAUGUUGAGGGUGGCCUCGCGCGCGAGAAGCAGAACGCAUUGAACGGUGGACGCGAGCCGAUGCACCAUCAUCAGCAUGCCGAUGAGUCGAGCUUGGAAAAGCCUGCAAACUCAACUGCGUAG